AUGUGGCCCGGCCCGCGGCGGCCGGCGGCUGGGAGCGGAAGGGCGGCGGCGAGUGGCGGCCUGCGAAGCCCGGGGGGCAGUGGCCGAGGCCCAGGAGGCGGCGGCGGCCCAGGAGGCUGCGGACGGGGAGCGGCGGGAGCGGGCCGGGGUGGGCCUUGGAGCGGCCGCCGGGCUGCAGCAUGCGCGCCCGCCGGGGGCUGCUGCGGCUGCCGCGCCGCUCGCUGCUUGCCGCGCUCUUCUUCUUCUCGCUCUCGUCCUCGCUGCUUUACUUCGUCUAUGUGGCGCCCGGCAUAGUGAACACCUACCUCUUCAUGAUGCAAGCUCAAGGCAUUCUGAUCCGGGACAACGUGAGGACAAUCGGUGCUCAGGUGUACGAGCAGGUGCUUCGGAGUGCUUACGCCAAGAGGAACAGCAGUGUAAAUGACUCAGAUUAUCCUCUUGACUUGAACCACAGUGAAACCUUCCUACAAACCACAACAUUUCUUCCUGAAGACUUCACCUACUUUGCAAACCACACCUGCCCUGAAAGGCUCCCUUCCAUGAAGGGCCCAAUAGACAUAAACAUGAGUGAAAUCGGAAUGGAUUACAUUCAUGAAAUCUUCUCCAAAGACCCAGCCAUCAAGCUCGGAGGUCACUGGAAGCCUUCUGAUUGCAUGCCUCGCUGGAAGGUGGCAAUCCUGAUCCCCUUCCGGAAUAGACAUGAGCACCUCCCAGUCCUAUUCAGACACCUGAUUCCCAUGCUUCAGCGCCAGCGCCUUCAGUUUGCAUUUUAUGUGGUUGAACAAGUUGGUACCCAGCCCUUUAAUCGAGCCAUGCUGUUCAACGUUGGUUUUCAAGAGGCAAUGAAAGACCUGAAUUGGGACUGUCUCAUCUUCCAUGAUGUGGAUCAUAUACCAGAAAGUGAUCGCAACUAUUAUGGGUGUGGACAGAUGCCGAGGCACUUCGCAACUAAAUUGGAUAAGUAUAUGUAUCUGCUUCCUUACACGGAGUUCUUCGGCGGCGUGAGCGGCUUAACGGUGGAACAGUUCCGGAAAAUCAAUGGCUUUCCUAAUGCUUUCUGGGGCUGGGGUGGAGAGGAUGAUGACCUCUGGAACAGAGUACAGAAUGCAGGCUAUUCUGUGAGCCGGCCAGAGGGCGACACAGGGAAGUACAAGUCCAUCCCUCAUCACCAUCGAGGAGAAGUCCAGUUUCUUGGAAGGUAUGCUCUGCUGAGGAAGUCAAAAGAACGGCAAGGGCUGGAUGGCCUCAACAACCUGAACUACUUUGCAAAUAUCACAUAUGACGCCUUGUAUAAAAACAUAACUGUCAACUUGACACCCGAGCUGGCUCAGGUGAAUGAGUACUGAGACAGGGAGAGAAUGUACAUUUGCUUUACCCACCACCACCAAGAAAGCAGUCUGAUGAGACGUCGCGAGUGUCCACACAGAAAGAGAGGAGAAGGGCAGCGUCCAGUGAAGGAUCACAGGUCCGCGCACACGCACAAACGCCUUCACUGGACUGGCCUGCUGCACUGAGGGAGUGAGACCGGACUUCCUUCAUCAGCACUGGCUUUCUGUUUUCACCAGAUGGACGUCUGUCCUGCUGCUCUCUCCCCUGUCUCCUGGCCCCACGUCCUGUCUUAGCCACAAUCUCCAGAACCUGUGAUGAACUGUGAUCUGCCUUGGUCCUGCCGUGGAGCCUGUCCCUACAAAUGACUUUUGGAACCUCUUGGCCUCCAGAGCAAAGAGGCAAACCCCCCACAGGGCAGCUGUGUUUUAGGAAGAGCAGAUGAAACUCCACACACCAUUCUUCUGUAUCUCCGGUGUUCUCUUCGGUUUCAUUUUUUAAAAAAAAACACAACAAGACAUUACCUGCUUUGGGUGGGGACUGAGGGUGGAGGGGAGGGACUUGGGAAAGAUAAAUAGACAUAAAUAUAUAACAAUCACUUCUUGAGGAAGUAAAUUGUAAAUAAGCCAUGUAAAAUGCCUUUUUUAAAUUUAAUUUUAUAACUGGCUCCAAGUCAGAUGAGGAUUUAUACGUUAGAUCACUUACUUGGUUGGCAAAUGUAGGAACUCAGUUAAAAUGCAAUUGAAGAAUAUCAUCUCUCAAAUUGCUGUCACUUUAGGAAAGGAGUGGAUAUAGGGUGUGUCAUACACACACACAAAAAGAACAAAAUAAUCCAAUCUCCAUCGCCUGCUCCGCAGGUCCUGCUCUGGACUCUCCCUCCAGAUUCUCUCCCUCUCUGGGCUAUGCGCUCAUCCCCACCUCCUGCCAGGCAGGAGGUGGCAGUUCUAGAGCAGGCUGUUCUUCCCGCCCAGAGCAGACCCUGGGGGGGUUUGCUGUGCACACGU